AGGAUCAGACUUCAGUAACUGGGUUAUUUAGCAGCAAUUACAGGGAUGCAAGAUGCCUCAAAGAAGCUUACAGAGUCUCUCCAUGAAGUAUAUGAGCCAGACUGGUACGGACGUGAAGAUGUGAAAAUGAUUGGAGAGAAAUGUGAUGAACUUUGGGAAGACUUCCAUCAAAAACUGGUGGAUGGGUCGUUGUUGACCUUGGACACAUAUCUAGGCCAAUUUCCUGAUAUCAAAACUCGCAUUGCAAAACGAAGCCGAAAGCUGGUGGACUACGACAGUGCGAGGCAUCAUCUAGAAGCUCUGCAGAGCUCAAAAAGGAAAGAUGAAGGCAGAAUUACCAAGGCAGAAGAAGAAUUUCAAAAAGCACAGAAAGUGUUUGAAGAGUUUAACACUGACUUACAAGAAGAGUUGCCAUCUCUGUGGUCACAACGAGUUGGCUUCUAUGUGAACCCCUUCAAAAAUGUAUCCAGUCUCGAAGCCAAGUUUCACAAGGAAAUAUCUUUACUAUGUCACAAACUAUAUGAAGUGAUGACCAAGCUGGGGGAUCAGCAUGCAGACAAAGCCUUCACCAUUCAAGGGGCACCAAGUGAUUCAGGUCCACUCCGCUUUGCAAAAACACCAUCACCACCAGAGGAGGCCUCUCCCCUGCCGAGCCCUACUGCUAGUCCCAAUCAUAUGCUGGCUCCAGCAUCUCCAGCACCAGCCCGACCUAAGUCACCCACACAGCUGAGGAAAGGUCCGCCAGUCCCACCACUGCCUAAGCUCACACCCACGAAGGAGUUGCAACAGGAGAACAUCAUUAACUUAUUUGAUGACAACUUUGUCCCAGAAAUCAACGUGACAACCCCAUCACAGAAUGAAGUACCUGAAGCUAAGAAAGAAGAAUCUUUGCUAGAUUUUGACUUUGACCCUUUCAAGCCAGAAGCUGUAUCAACGGGAGUUACUCAUUCACCCAUGUCUCAGACAUUGCCAUGGGAUCUAUGGACGACAAGCAGCGAAUUGGUGCAGCCGCCUGAUUCUUCAAAAAGUCUUUCCCUGUGUAACCUGGUCAUGGAGGAAACCCCAAACAGUGGGUCAUCAGAAGAUAUUAACAGAUCUCAAACUGAUCUAGGUUCACUCAACUGGGGCCUAGAUGUUAGCACACCCAGUGUCAGCCAGGAAAUUACUGCAGGUGGUUCUUUGAUUUUCUCUGGGGCAGAGCAAACCUCAAGCGAAUCCACAGGUAUUCUGCCUGCUAGUGUUUGGCCUGCAGUAGGUGAGCAGGAGGAUGCUGCACCAGGGUCAGCUUCUGUAAACGAAAACCAGAGGACUUCACUGAAGGACCAGUUGGAUGCCAAAAAUAUCCUGUGGGAAGAUGUGGUGACCAAUCAGCCUUUAGAGAACAUAACCGGUUUUGAAACACCCAUCCUGGGAACUGAUAGCUUGUUGGAUGAACCCCUCCCAUGUGAUGUGCAAAAGGCAGAGGAAGAGCAGGAGGAAGACGAGUGGGCAGGUGUCAAGCCAAGUGAAAAGGUAGAGACCGGAGCUAAGUACAAGGAGGUAGAAGGUACAGAGGAACUGGAAGAGCAAGGUUGUGCAACAAAAGGAAACAGUGAGGCAGAACUUCAUGAGGGUUUAACAAAAUCAGAUCUUGACAUUUUAGUCAGCGCAGAGGUAGAAAAUAUACAUGAGUUUGAAGAUAAUGAUGGGGAUACCUGGAAAGGUAAUGGUGCUGACUUAGAAAAUCCUAGAGAAGAAGAGUUCAAACAGGUCAAUGUCAUUGAGGAAACAGAUGGAGAAAUACCAUUGUUGACCACAGGGCUGGAAAGUGGGGACAAAACAGUAGUGUACAACUGUAAAACUGUAGAAAGCACUGGCACUGAACAUGAGAGAGUCCUUGGUAUCUGGGGUCGGGACCAUGAAAGGACAUUUGAGGAUGCCUUAGACCAAACUGACAGUGGUACUGGAGAGAGUGCACCCAUGGAGUGUAUAAAUGUGAGAGCAUGUGUUGACCUAGAGGUAACUGACCACACAGGAAAAGACCCUACAGAUACUGGAAGCAGUCUGUGUGAUGCUGAAUUAUUCAGUGCAGAAGAGUCUGGUAAAGGAACAGAAGACAAUAGCAUCAGCCUCCUCCCAAAUAGUAGUGCUGGUGCUGAAGGCCAAGCUACUGCUGAAACACAGUGGGCAUUGCUGCCUGAGACAGCCGAUGCUGCUGGCACAAGCUGCAGUAAUCCUUGCCUAGGUAAUGCAGAAGACCAAGUGACAGGUAGGGCAGCAGCAGCAGUCACUGAAGAGCAUCCUAGUAGUAGUAGUGGUGUUCCUGAAGCCUUGGAAACAGACCCCUGGCUGGCAAACUGGGAUCCAACAGUUACUAAUGAUUCCUGGGGUUUUCCUAAUCUGUCAGAUAGCCAAGCUAAUGGACUGGAUAACUGGCCCUUUUUCCCCAAGCAGCAAGACUCAGAGGAAGGUAAUAUGGAAAAUGUUUGGUUAGGCAUUAGUAAUAAAUGGUCUACACAAGACUUAGGCGCUACUGAUAACAAAUGGGGAGAAGUAGGUGCAAACACAAGCAAUAUAAUUCAGGAGACACCAGUAAAACAAGGCAUACCUGGGGAGCAGGCAGGCAUUAGCAAUCCUGGACUGAGCAAGGAGAUAGCUAGACCCUUGGUUCUAUUUCAAAUGGGAAAUUCCAGAAAUGCUAGCACCGAGAGUUCAACUAGUCCUAAAGACAAUGAGACCAACAACUCAGAUUUAUCUGAAGAUGAAAUUGCUAACCGGAGAUAUGGAUUGUUGUACCAGGAAAUUGAGGCUGAUAAAGAAGAG